CCGAACUGCACGCAUUUUCCGCGAUGAACUUCUGGGGUUUCGUCUGGUCCUCUGAGACCGUCGAAGACAAGGCGGAGGCUCCAGUGGAAGUGGAAGCCGAGAACAUCGCCGUGGCGUCUGACAUCUUGGAAUGGCAGAAGCCCAGUCGAAGCUGGGCUAGCGUCUUUGAGGGUUUCAGGGACCGCGCCGAGGAGUCCCAGCCUCGUGGCGCCAGCAGCGGGCAGCACGCCGCGCUGCGCAGCUUCACCCGCCGCGCGCAUCAGCUGCUGGCGAAGCAACAUCAACGCGCCUGCGAGAGCCGCAGGGCCCUGGCCUUGGCACAGCGCUUUGCCACGGAGCGCUAUGUGCUGAGCUUGGCCGAGGCUGAGGAGUUGGACGAUGUGUUGCGGAGCAGCGAGCUUUCGGCCUCGGCUGCCUCCGUCUCGGGUCGCGAUGUGGACACCGACCUGGAGCGGGCCGAGCGCUUGUCGGGCUGGUCCACCUCAGCUUCCUCCGGGUGCAAGGGCAGCGACCAGCUCCUCUCCCGCUGGGAAACCGAAGAUAAAGAGUUGCGCCAAGAGUUGCUAGCGCUGCAGAGUGCCAAGUCCUCCGCCGCCUCCGAGCUGCGCUCGGGCCUCCGACGCCUCCGCAGCGCCUGGGCCACGCCGGCAGCGCACAGCGAAGCGCUGCCGGUGCUGGCGGCGGCGCUGCCGCAGCUGGCGCAGAGCUGCGCGGAUUCCCUCCACGGCGAUGAUGACUGGGCCACCGCCGAGGCCCAGCUCUUCGAGGCCCUGGCGGAGCACCUCCCGGCGCAGGGCCCAGCCGGGCCCUGGGGGCCGCUGGAGCCGGACUUUGCCCCGCGUGGCUUCGGGGACAAGGAGGUGCUCCUCAACGAGGUGCCAGGCGCGGGCGGGCCACGCUCGGCGGAGGAGGAGCGCGACCAGACGGCGCUGCAGAAUUUAUUGCUGCGGAUCGAACGCUUGAGCCAACGCAUGGAGGAAGAGGCGCUGGGCGGAGACCGAGUCCAGCAAGUUCCGAUGCGACCGUUGGACGCGCAGGCGAAGAAGCGAGCCAAAGAACAGAGGAAGUUGUUUCGGCAGGCCCGAAGGCAGCUGGAAGGCCAGGUGCAGAAGUUGAUGCGGGAGAACCAGGCUCUCGAGGCGAAGCUGGACGCGGACCGUGCGGAACGUGCGGAACGGGCACGGGCGGUGGAUGGCGCCGACGGCCGCGAUGGCGGAGGACCACGGCGGCACUUGGAGAAGAAACUGUCUCCGGCAGAACGGCUGGCCCUGUCGAACCGCCGCGCGCGCGAAGGAAGAGAAGGGCCUCCAGGAGGAGAGAAUGUCACCUUUGGCCGGCCGAACUCCACGCAGAUCUUUGCCAGUCAGAGGCGAGUGCUCGUGGAACUGCGGAAAGAAUUGGCAGAGACCUACGAGGCUGGUGAAGAGCAGAUGCUGAAGCUAGCUGUUCGCUGGCUGCCUGAAGUGAUUUCUUUACUUGCCACCGUGGGUUUGAGCACUAAUGUUUCCAAGUCUUGUGUGGUGGGGUUACCCCCGUCUCUUGCGGCGUUGCCUGGCUGUUUGGCGCCUUUUCCUCUCGUUGCGCAGUCCAAGUACCUUGGCUUGCCUCUGCAGCUUGUUGAGGAUCAUGAGCCCAUGGUUGACCAAGUCUGUGCCCGUGCUAUUGCUGCAUUCUUCUCCAACCGCGUGCUCCUUACUUGCCGUUGCGCCACGCGGCGCUAG